UUUUCCAUUCAUUCGACGUGAAAAUUUCGUACAGUUCGGUCAAUUGUCAACUCUAUUGCAAGCCCCAAUUAAUUUGUUAGAACAUUAACCAAGUGAAAUAUGGCUCGUACCAAGCAAACUGCUCGUAAAUCGACCGGAGGCAAGGCGCCCCGCAAGCAAUUGGCCACCAAGGCUGCCCGUAAAUCGGCUCCAUCAACGGGUGGCGUUAAGAAGCCCCAUCGUUAUCGUCCCGGAACAGUGGCUCUUCGUGAGAUUCGUCGCUACCAGAAGUCGACGGAGCUCCUCAUCCGCAAGCUGCCCUUCCAGCGUUUGGUGCGUGAGAUUGCCCAAGAUUUCAAGACCGAUCUGCGUUUCCAGUCGGCUGCCAUUGGAGCCCUACAGGAGGCCAGCGAGGCGUAUCUGGUAGGUCUCUUCGAGGACACCAAUCUGUGCGCCAUCCAUGCCAAGCGCGUCACCAUUAUGCCCAAGGACAUUCAGCUGGCCAGGCGCAUCCGAGGCGAGCGGGCCUAAAUAUGCAUCAUUUGUUCCAUAUCCGCCAUCUUGGAUUGGAAAACACAGUGGCGGCAAAAACAUCAACCCACAGCUGUCUUUUUUUUUUUUUUUGGAAAGAUUGAAAUGGAGGUGGGGAUACUUUUGACAUCAGUGGCCGCCGCUUAGUUUUUAGGUCUAUCUGUACUUAUAUAUAAGCAAUAAAUUAACAACUACGUAUGUUCAAAUAAAA